AAUAAUAAUUUUUCCUAUAAAAGAUCUGCAUUUCAUUUACAAUCAUCAGUUGACUUUCUCGUCUUCAAGUGUCCACUUUAAUUAUUUCAUUUCGUAGUUGUCGAAUUGUAUUCAAAUAAAACAAGAUGUCCUAUAAAGUUGAACCUCUACCCGACUCUCAUGCUGAAUUAGGCGAAGGACCUCAUUGGGAUGUUGCCACCCAGAAUUUGUACUAUGUUGACAUCAAUGCCGGCAAACUGUUGCGUUACAACUACAAUGAAAAUAAAGUGUACAAGGCCAAAAUUGAAGGUGAGGAUUUAGCUGGUUUUGCUGUGCCCGUCGAAGGUACUACCGAUCAAUUUGCUGUCGGUUCUGGUCGUCGUGUGGUCAUUGUACAAUGGAAUGGUGUUUCUGAGACCGCUAAAGUAUUGAAGACUCUGUUCGAAGUGCAAACCGGUGAUGAACGUUUCACUGGCAACCGUUUCAAUGAUGGCAAGUGUGAUCCUCGUGGUCGUUUGUUUGCCGGUACCAUGCGUUAUGUCGGCGAUGAAUUCGAGCAUCGUUAUGGUGAAUUAUACAAGUACGAAAAAGGAGGCAAAGUUGAGGUAAUCAAAUCGGAUGUGGGUAUUUCCAAUGGUUUGGCUUGGAAUGAGAAGACUAAGAAAUUCUAUUACAUCGAUACCACCGAUUAUGAGGUUAAGGAGUAUGAUUAUGAUUUUGAAACUGGCAAGGCCUCCAAUCCCAAAGUUGUAUUCAAUCUACGCAAGACCAGCCCCAAGGAUCAUUUGUUGCCCGAUGGCAUGACCAUUGAUACUGAGGGCAAUCUUUAUGUGGCCACUUUCAAUGGCCAUACCAUCUACAAAAUUAAUCCCACCACUGGCCAAGUUUUGUUGGAAAUCAAAUUCCCCUGCAAACAAAUCACCUCGGCUGCUUUUGGUGGUCCCAAUUUGGAUAUUUUGUUUGUAACCACCUCCUCCCGUUUCGGUGAACCCGAUCCUGCUGGCACCACCUACAAAGUUACCGGCUUGGGUGCUAAAGGCUAUCCCAUGACCAAAAUUCAACUUUAAAGUUGUUCAGUUUAUGUAGACCUAGCUAAGCAUUAUUGCUUAUUAUUAUUUUUUUGUUAUAUAAUUCUAUAUACUCAAUUUGAUUUAUCCUGCUUUUUCCUUUACUAAACCAGUGCAAUAAAAAGACAGUUUUUAUAUUUUUUAUAAAAUUUAUAUAAAAAACAAAAA